CUUUUUCGUUGCACUACGAGCGUUAGCCCGUCGCCGGAUGGUCGAACGCUAUAGUGGUAUCGGUAACAUUGACUUCAUACUGCAGCACGACUCAGCUACCUUUUCGGUAGAAGUUUCGCGAGAUCGUCUUGCUUGGAUAACGCGAGGUGGUGAUCAUCUGUCUUGGCAGCAUGCUUACGGAGCGUCAGGCGACCCUUCUAGCAACACAGGAGGCGCGUUUAUGAGGCCACGUGCAGGAAGCGCUUUGCCACAAGUCAGUGCGUCGCAGACGCACAUGUCGCGGGGCUCGGCAUCGGGCAGCGCGCCCUCGUCCCCUGGGACGCGACUCGCGGAGCGUACAAACACCUCAAGAGUGCAGUCAGGAGGUUUUUUCCGUAGCACGGGGACGGGCACUAGCAAUAAUUCAUAUGAUGUUCAUCUUGAUCAGGAUGCCACAGGGGCCUCCUCUUCGUCAGGCCGACCAGGU